AAUCUAUCACCGCCCACUGUGUCUGUUCUCUAUCAAUAUUGAACCAAACACGGAAGGAAAUGAUAUCGAUGUCUUUUUUUCUAAUUCCACUCACAUCGAGGAUGUUUUACAGCAAUAUAAACCGUCCCAGCACUUGAUUGGUACUUCAUUUUAUCGGUUCCACGGAUGGAUGAAAGGUAAAGGCCGUCGUUAGUGUCUAAUGAAGCAGAAAGAAUGGAUGUGGUUUCGUUCUUGGUCAAUUCUGUUGAGGGAGGUGUCGGGGCAGCCGUGGAUGGCAUUUCAGUAACAAAAACAUCGAUCUAAGCUUUAACAACGACAUAAAUGCGUAAAUAAAGAAACGAUAACGUGAAUGGUAACAGCUUGUUUAUUUAAAACAUGUCUUAUGAGGGCAGAAAUAAAGAAAAUACGAAACGAAAUUAUAUUAACUGUCACAACCAAGAUGAAAAUUUCAGGCCAUCUGUUUUAAAAAAAUAAUAACAAAACAAAAGGUUAUUCUUUGAUUUCAUUAAAUGAAAGCGAAAAACACAUACAAACGUAACACGAGGAAUUCUACACAACAACAACAAACCAGGAAGUCACUAUAUGGACGUUCGAGUUGCUAGAAAUAGCAGCCAAAUCUCACCCCCCUUAAAAAAAAGUGAAGGACAUAUUGGAUAGUCUGAUCGUGGAUCUAAUAGUCGGUGAUGGUCACGGUUUGAACGUCUUUGAUCACAGAUAGGCUCUGUCGAAGCUUACUUGGGACUAAACAACACCAACGGCGGCAACAAAAGUCGAUAUUGGUGUUGCUCAAAGAACUUCCAUCUUAAACUCACUCUAGUUCUUCACUCAUUUGGAAUGGUCACUUGAGACAGAAAGGAACCAAAAUAUGUAUAAGAAAAAAAAUUAAGAUAUUAAAUUCUUGUAUUUAAAAUUAUUCUUCAAUUUAACAAAAAUUCAAAACCAAAAAAAAUGAACACAGUCAUUGGAAGAAGAAAACGAAAAAAACCCAAAAUAGUUGAAUUCCAGUCUUAAAAAAAAAAAUAUAUAUAUAUAUUAAGUUGUUUUUAAUCAAAGGAAGGAAAACAUUCUCAAAUAUGGAUGUUAAGAAGAAUUGUUCCAUGAAAACUCCACAUUCUGAGAAUGAUUCCUCAGCUGAAGAACAUCUGCAAAAAACUCCAAAAAAAUCUGUAUCUUCUGAAGGAUGUCGUUCUUCUGAACGGAGACGAAACAAGCCAGAAUUUUCUAUGCCAAAGAGGUCAGAUGUCUGGGACAAUAUUAAAGACAUGCCGACGAAAGGAAUGGGUUCGCUUAUUCCACGUAAAAUUGUUAAUGACUUUGUAGUUAAUAAUUAUCGUUAUAAUCAUGAUCCUAAUUACACCAGCGGGGAAGAGAGUGCUUUUGUUGAAAGCGCUGAAGAGAGUGAUGGUUUUACAAAAGCCAAAACAAAGCAACAAAAAGCAAUAAAGAAACGGAUAAAAAAUUCUUCGAAAAGACAACAAAAGGGUUCUGACUCAUCAGAAUCCUUCGAUAGUUCUGAGGAAUCAGUAAUGAAAGCAAAGAAAUUGAUUUUAAAGAAGGUCCAUACUAAGAAUUCUGCCAAAAAGCCCCUAAGCGAAUCGCUAGAAUCUUCAGAUAAUUCUGACAAUGCCAUUGUGAAAUCUGCUCUCAGAAUACGGAAAGUGAUCAGUUCUGGGUCAGAUUCUACAGAAAGCCAAGAGAAAAUAGCAAAAGCUGCCCAAAUUUCUCUGAUUUCUAAAAGGAAGAAAGCACCACAGGCACUCCAGAGUAGCAGCAGCAGUGUUUCCGACAGCGAGGUUGCUGGGGGGAGAGGGGAUAAAUCUAAAAUGGAAAGGGACGAGAAAGCGAAAAUGUUGUCUGUCAUGAAUAAAUCAGUAAAACACAGCCAUUUUAAAUGGGGGUCGAGCGAAGAAGAGGACAAGGAAAAGAUUGUGAGUAUCACGAAAAAGGCUAGAAAUGCUGGAACCAUCUCAAGUGAAUGGAGCGGUUCUGUAUCCGAUGUCUGUGUGGAGGAUUCUUCAGAAAAUAGCAUAUCUGACCGUGACUUUAUUUGCAAGGAUCUUCCGACUGCAACCGGUUCUGCUAAAACCACAGGCAAGAAUUCAGACAAAUAGACAUUCGAUCUAGACCGACUGCUUGGCAACCCUUUUGCUCAUUGGAAGGUUCGGUUCUGAUGCUUGUUGAAUCAAAAUAGAAUCGUUUUUACUUGCAUAUUCUAUUAAUGUAAAAAUAAAGUCUGCAAUUAUUUGCAGAAUAACAGUAAGACAUUGGCAGUCCAAGACAUUGAUAUGGUUUCAGUCUCUGAUGGAAGCCAUUUCACUUCACUUAUGUUUCUGGGAAAUGGCAUGAACACCACUACAUUACAUGAUCUCCCAGUUUAUAAUCCAAGACAUAUUAUCAUCUUGCCAAAAACUUUCUCUUGUCUAUGGAAAUUACUUAGUUCUUUGUUUGCAUUUUUUUUUUGUUAUGCCUAGUCUAAGACGGAGAAGGGCAAAACCUUCUGUGACCAUUUUUUUUAUAUGACGUUAAAGACUUGUAGAGAUGAAUGUUGGGUAGGAUUCAAUAUUUUUGUCGUGUUGUCCCCUAGUGUAGAAACCAUGCCUCGUGGGCAUAAGUUCUACCAUAGGGGACAAUACGACAAAACAUUGAGUUAACCUAAAACUGAACCCUUGAUCUGAAUGUUUGCAACAGAGUGAACCCUGCAAACGACACCCAGGCGCCAGAUUGUGGGUUACUAUGGGUUUAGCCUUGCAAUGGAUUAAGCUCACCACGCAACCAUCACGUGAUGCUGUAGCAUUAAAAGCAGGUUCAUAAUCCGGUGGCAACAUUGACGGUACCCUUAUCAUCAGACACAGACAGUUAUACACACGCACGCAAACAUAUAUACAUACACACAUAUAUAAAGAUAUAUAUAUAUAGAUAUAUAUACAUAUAUAUAUAUAUAUAUAAUGUGCUGUUCCAUAAUGGUAAGAUCAACAAAGAAUACUCCAUCUGGUGAGAAAUAAAUACUACCAUAAAUUUUUAACACUAUAUUUAAUUUAGAAAUAAUACAUUUCUAAAUCUCUCAUAGAGAUUUAUGCAAUAGUGAUAUGAUGGAGUAAUUGCAUGCUGUCAACUUGAUGUGACAGUCCCCUGAAGGGAAUAAUACUACUGUUGGUUAGACCUAGGAAGCUGCACCACUUCCUGUCGGCCUUGACACAUUUCUUGUGUCCCUAUGUUUACAAGGACAUAGGAAAUGUAUCAAGGCCGACAGGAAGCGAUGCAGCUUCCUAGGUCUCACCAACAGUAGUAUUAUUCCCUUCAAGGGACUUUCACAUUAAGUUGACAGCAUACAACUACUUCACUAUAUUUAAUGUUAGACGCCUGUCACUAUAUAUAUGUAUAUAUGUAUGUGUCAGUGUGUGUAUAUAAAUAUAUUUAUAUAUAUGUACACACAUGUAUGUGCACACAGUUAACGGACUGAAAUGAUAUCAAGCCAAUUGUAACUGUGUACAUAUAUAAACAUACUAUUAUAGAAUAUAUAUAUAUAUAUAUAUAUAUACAGUAGCGUAACUGGUGGGGGGCAUGUGCCCCAGGCGCCGAGUGAAGGGGUGGGGCACAGAAUUGACCAUAAUACGAUUAGCUUGAACUCCAUUUAUGAAAUUUAUGAAAGUAAACAUUCAUAAGAUAUAUUUUGAAUUACAGGCUAUACCGAACCGGUAGGUAAAUGAGCCCUGGUAAAGUAUUUGUCCCUAAAAUAUUGCUUUAAUUAAUUAAUUAAUUACUUGUAAGAAAUAAGUACUAAAUAAUAUUAUAGAUUUUGUAAUUGGGGUGGGGGUGGGGCACAUUUUUGCAACAUGCCCUGGGCACAGUUUACCCUAGUUACACCACUGUGUAUAUAUAUAUAUACACAGAUAUUUAUCUAUCUAUUUAUUUAUUUAUAUUAAGGGCGUUACUAUACAUAAAUGCCUCACGCUACGAGGGACUCUUAAAGUCAAAACUACCAUAAUAAACACAUUUUACCGAACGUGUAUACAUAAAUAUAUUUAAAGGGAAUCAUUAAUAAAUUUUUCCCUUAUGGGGUUUUUCACGCUGACUACUUGAUAAAUUCUUAUAAAGAUUUUAUCCUAUUUUUAAAUUAUAUAUAUAUAUAUAUAUAAACACAAUUUUUGGGGGAGUUGUAUUUUAGUAGAGGGAGAGUAGUUUUUGGCUGCUAUUUCUAAUUUUCGGUGUGUGGUGAAGCAAUACUUGCUGAACCCUAAAUUUUAAAUUGUGUUUAUACAUUUACCGAUAAUGGUUUUUAACACACCGAACUACUUGGUAAAAUUACUAAUUAUCAAUUAAUUAUUAAGUUUUACCCUAUAUCUGUAUAUAUAUAUAUAUA